UAGUGAUUGUAAAUUUUGAUAAAAACAUAAUUUCUAGACCGCUUUUAGUUUAGUAAAUUGAAAAUUUUGAAGCCAUACGGUGAUACAUCUUUCAGAUUUAUAUAGUUCAAAGGAACUAAGUGAUAAACUACCGAUGAAUCUGGACUCAUUGUGGUGGACCGUGCUGAGUCAUAACCACGCAGAAGAACAAAAGAUAAACAACAGGCGUAGUUGAAAACGAUCGUCACUAAAAUGACCGAUUCCGGCAUAGAAUCUCCUGCCGCUCCGGAAUGGUUGCUGAAACUCGAAAGCCGCCGGGAACAGAUUAAAGCGAAGCUGAGCCAUGAAAGCGGCAAUGGUGCACCAUGCAACGUGUGCGGAAGUUCCUGUCCGGGGUUGGAUUUACACUUCUGGCGUAAAAUCUGCCGAAACUGCAAAUGCCGCAAAGAGCAGCAUGAUUGCAUCGAUGAUGAUGUUAGUGGAUGGGCUCAGUUUGAAAUUUUGGGUGCCAUCCGCUCCAAGCCGGCAUACAUUCGUAUAUCGGAGCUAACCGAUAAACCGGUACAGUUGGCUUGGGUACCUCCAAACGUAACGCCGGAGCUGGCCUCGGAUUAUAUGCGUACGCUGGGUCAGCAGAACAUCCCGAUCGUUGGCAGUGAGGCGGCUGAAAAGCGUAAGCAGCAGCUAGAAUAUCAAGUGCCAGCGCACGAUCUCGACACGAACCUGUGCCAUAAUUUAACGCCGUACGAAGCCGGCCAGCUAAGUGAUUAUGUGGAAAAGAUCAAAACACACUGCGUUGGUCAGGGCACGGUAAUGCGUGUUGGAGGUGAUACGGCAGGUAUGUUGCAGUAUGGCACGGUAGUGCAACAGCCAACAGCACAAACAGCUGGUAUGACCACUAACAGUAUGCCCGCUGUGAGCAAAGAUUUGAAACGUCCAGACUAUAUGGAAAGUGGUGUGCUUUCGGAUAAGAUGAAGUACAAACUGAACCUGAUGGGAAUCAGCAGCUCGGAAAUGGUGGCUCAAGCAAUGCUGUACGAUCCGGCUACCGUGCUCAGCGGGGUGGAUAAGAGUAUUCCGGAAGCUAUCGUAAAAUUCCACCAGGAAUACCAAGCGAAUCCGAAGUUUCGUGCCGAAAUGGAUCAUUUCAAGGAUCGCUUACAGUCCCGAGAUCGUCAAACGAUCGACAGCGAAUCGGUGCCAUAUGGCGAGAGUUCACCGAAUACGCACGGUGGUACUUCGAUCGUACCGUCUGGCAGUAACGAUUCCGGCUUUGGUUCUAUUCCGGUUAGUCCUCGCGAGGACGGCCCAUCACACGCUCAGCUGAUCGGUCCCAUGGAAGCGAUGGGAUUGGGUGGUGAAAGUAUGCCACCAGCGCAGCAAGCAGUACGUGAUGCAGUUGCCAUGACAGCGCACCGAUGCACGGGUUGUGCACUCCCGAUCGUAGUUGGCGAAGUAGCAGUAAAGGUGGAUCGUGCAAGUAACAGUGAUCGUUCCAUCUGGCACCCGCAGUGCUUCAAAUGUAACCGGUGCGGUGAACUGUUGGCCGAUCUCGUAUACUUCUAUCACGGUGGCGCCGUGUACUGUGGGCGAGAUUUAGCAGCGAUUCUGAAAAUACCACGCUGUGCUGCUUGUGAUGAGCUAAUCUUCACCAAGGAGUAUACGGCUGCCGAAGGGGCAACGUUCCACGUGCGGCAUUUUUGUUGCUACCAUUGCGAUGGGCCUCUGGCCGGACAACAGUACGUGAUGGACGAAAAAUCAGCCCAACCGCUAUGUUUACCGUGCUACAAGGGACAUUACGCGCAGACCUGUGCGACCUGCAAUCGAUGCAUCGGACCGACGGAACAGGGCGUCGGAUGGGACAAAAUUCACUGGCACAAGGAAUGUUUCCUGUGCAGUGGUAAACACUGCCAAAAGUCACUCAUUGGCGGGCGAUUUUGUGUGAAAGCGAACCGUCCGUACUGCAGUGCACAGUGUACGAAAGACGUCUAGAAGCGGAUCGUCAGCCAUCAUUCUGUUUGCUCCGAUUGCCAUAGUAGGCGAUGGAGUAAUUGAAAAUCUUCCCUAUACGUAAGCGAGAAGCGUCAUAGUAUAAUUUGGUAGCUAUUAUACACAAUGCAUUUAACCGAUUUGAUCACUUGCAGGCUAGUCGAAGGAUAUACGGUACUUUUUUUUCGAAAAAAAAAAUCAAAAAUGAAUAAGGAAUUUUAUUCUAAAAAUUAUAAACAUACCAACGGCAAUUUUAUCGAAUCGAAGGAUAUAGGUGCCAAUUUAUUAACAGCAAAGG